AUGAAAUCAUUUAAAGAUAGAUGGGACGUUGAACUCGUCAAAUGGCAGCGACUUCAUUAUGGGGUACCAUUGUCAAAAAAAGAAUUUUCACGAAUGAUUGGACCAGUAUGGGCUCAAAUAGAUCCGCAAAUAUUAUCUAACGGAUUCAAAAAAGGUGGCAUUUGGCCUUUUAAUCCUGCUGCAGUUGAGGAAACAAAAUUCGAUGCUCUGAAGUUGAACCACUGGAAGGAACACAUAAGAACUAAUAAUCCUGCUUUGUCUUAUAAUGACCUUCCAGUCAAUGAUGUGAUCCAGAGAAAAGAACCGCAUACAUUGCUUUUCAUAGCUUUAAAUGUUUUCAAUCAGAACUUUAUAGCGACAGAUAACCCAGGUUAUAUGAAGACUGGAAAAUUAAUGUUGAUGAAUAAUGAUAUUGAUGACAGCAGCAAUAACUUAGAUUUAAGACAGCCUAUUGAAGAGAAGAAUGUCACAUUUGAGGAACUACUUUUGCAAAAAGUAAAGCGUGGUGAUAACUCUGAAAAAAUAAAACGCAGCAGGGUGGCACCAGGUGCUGAAGUCAUAACUCAUAACGACGUCAUACGGUUGAAAAAAAGAAAAACUACUUAA